UCCUGCCCGCGCUCCCGGCCCGCUGCGAGCAGGCGCCCUGGCCGCGUCGGCGUCUUCUUUCCAGCCCUCCGCCGCCGCCAAGGCACAGGCUCGCGUCUGGUCUGGGCGAACGGCCGGGCCCUUGGCGGGCGCCCUUCCCCCUCCUCGCCACGCUGCCGGUUUCGCCCUCCGCCCCGCCGCGCCUUCCCCGCCUCGGACGGGCGGGGCCCCAGCCGAGCAUCUGGUGGACUGUUUUUACUUAAUUGGUCAUUGUUAACAAGCAUGGAGAUAAGAUUAGAAGUUUUAACCUCAACAAGCAUCAAGCAGAAAAAGCCCUGGCCACGAGUCUCCUGGUUGGGACAGGAAAAUGAAGCUGUUUUUCUUUUGGAUGACAAAUUCAUAAAUGAAAUUAAUUUGCUGUCAGGAAGAACAAAGAAGAAAAUUCCUUGUCUGCAGCCCUUACUGAAGGAUGUUAUUGUCCUAACAACAUCCAGUAAUGAUGCCUGGCUGGCUGGGGUACUCACUACAGGGGAGCUUUUUCUUUGGAACAAAGAUCAAGAUUGCUUGAAAACUAUACAGACAACUGAAGAGCCUAAGAAAAUGAUUCAAGCUGCAGUAGCAAGCUCUUUGAGACUGUACUUGUAUGUAUCUGGAAAUGGGAAAAGAGUUCUGCUUAUAACUCCUGGAUGCAUAUUUCUUUGGGAAUAUUUGGAAUUCAAGAAUAUCUUCUCUUCUAAAAGCCCUUCAUUAGUAGGCCAAUGGUCCCAGAUCAUACCUGAAGAAGCAGUUCAUUUGCCUUCUAAUGAAGAUAAAGAAGCUGUAGUGCACGCUGUUUUUAUAAAAAAUGAGUUAUUUGGAGAUUGCUGCUUGUGUUCGUUUACUUUUUAUUCUGGAGAGUGUCUGAAGUUGACAUUUCUAGCAAUUCGGUGGCAUGAAAAUGUAUUUACACCUAUAAGAUCAUUGCCAUACCAUGUUCAUUGGGCACAACAAAACUGCAUUCUGUGCAGUCUGGUUCCUAAAUGUGAAUCAGUAAAGUCAAGAGGAGCUCUACUUUCUGCCUUUUCAAGAGAUGGUGUUACCCUGGCAGUAACUCUUAAUCAGAAAGACCCAAAGGCAACUCAGGUAUUGUUUAUAAACACACUGAAUUUUGUUACUCUCUGUGGUAGCCUGAGAGGAUGUAGUAACAAGAAUCCUGUGGUCCCAGCUACACUUACUAGGUCCUACUGGGUAGGUGAUAUCAGCUGGACUCAUGAUAGUCUUUUUCUGGCUUGUAUGUUAAAACGUGGCUCCCUGGUUUUAUUGACCUGUCAAGGUGAAUUGGUAACGUUAAUUACAUUUGGCUGCUCCAUAGAAUUUGGGCCAGCAGAAUUUAUUCCUUUUCACCCACUAAUAACAUAUAGACCUCAGCAGUUUACAUUUCAAGAUUCAAAUAAUUCUGUAGAUUCAUCAGCUUCUGAUAGUGACCCUAUGAGACAGAGAUUUUCUAUAAAAGCACACUCACGGUUACCCUACCUCAUUAUUUCUGAUGGAUACAUGGUCACAACCCUCCGAUUUGUUGAUAACCUGUCUCCAUCAGUGCUCAUGAGAUCCCUUCUACUUGAUUCAACCCAGAGGCUUGAGAAAACAUACCAAAGUAUGAUACUGUCUAAGCCAAAAGGCAAAGGGCUGAACUUGCGAUCACUGGAUUCCCUGAGAUGUAGCCUGUUAAAACACCAAGGAAAUCAAAGUUUAGCUGAUUCUGCUGUCCCCAGAUUCUUACAGGCAGAAGAAACAAUGAAGUUAAAUGAAAAAACAACAGAUUUCCAGGAUUUUGAAGCAGAAGAAACUAAUGAAGGCAAACACUUUCCAGACAACUUAUUCUCACUUUGGAACCAAAAAAAUGAUCCACUGUUCAGUAGUGUCAAGGAGGGAAGAUUGGAAUUUGCGUCUAUGUUUGAUACAAUACAUGCAAAGGAUAAUAUCAAGGAGACAGAUAAAACCAUUACAGAACUGCAUUCUGUCCAGAAAAAUCUCCUUGCAGCAUGGGCUAUCGGAAUUUCAAAAAAUGUGACAGAAAAAAAUGUAAUGUUAAAUUACACAGUUGUUUGUAUCACUCAUUUUUUCUACAUUCUUCAAUUUAUAAAAUAUCCUUUCCCCAAACUAGAUCCUUUUUUAAGCAAGAGCACAAGACAAAAUGCAUGGGUACUUUGUAUCUUUCAACUUUUUCAUCAGUGUUUAUCAAUGCAGUAUUGGGAUAUGAGAUACAAACAAGAUGUGGGACAUUUGGUAAAGCUGACCUCAAAUACUAUAAAGCUUUUGCUGACUCAGCAACAACAGGGUCAUUUAUUUUCAGAGAAGCUUUUGGCUUGUUUUCAUUUACUUAAAAUGGUAGCUGAUAAUUUAAAUGGCAUAUACAUUCUUCAACCUGAAGUUAUUUCAGCAUCUAUUGAUGGAAGUAGAAUAGCAGAUCAAGACAAAUUGGUGGUACCCAUUUUUCAAAUGUUUCAAGAUAGUGAUUCUCAGGAAAACUGGUCUUGGGACUCAUCUUUCAAGAUUCAUCCUCCAGCAGUAAAUGUUGCUCAGCGACCAGGACACAGAUUGAUCGUUCUCUGGAGAGUGUUGUACAAAAAAACCGUAUGGUAUCAAACACAAUUAAGUCGAAGACUUCCUGAAGGUGACAGACAGUUAACUGAAAAAAUGACACAGGAAGCAUCUACUGUCAAGGCUCUGUUAUGUCAUAUACAGGCUAACCUACAGACUGCUGGAGUUCACUUGAACCAAGCCUUAGAACUUAAAUCUAUCAAUGGUGAAGAGUGUUUCCUGUUAGGAUCAUAUGAAAAAUCUGUUCAACUGUGGAGGAAAGCUCUACAAGAAUCUCAAGAGAAAGGAGGAAGAAGAACAUGUUUUCUUCAGAUACGCUAUUAUCUUUCUCUUUUAUACUGCUACCUCUAUAGCUAUAACUUAAAUGAUGCUCAAGGAUUGUGUGAUCACCUAGUAAGAGAAAUUUUGAGGUUGUCCCAUCUACCUGUAAAAGAAAAUGAGGAUUAUUCAGUUCCUGAGAAGUCUCACUGUGAGUUUGGAAUGACUAGAAAUGUUCGUCCUGAGGCGGCAGUGAGGGUUAUCCAGUCCAUGGCUCGUUUCAUGGCCGCCUAUUUCGCCAAUCAGCUGCUUUACAUUUUGCCACCUCACAAUGUGAAUGUUCUUCCUCCCCUUCAUGUUAAAACAGAACAGUGCCUUCGACUUAUUCCUCUACAACACUCUGAAGUUGCCAGUGUUGUAAGAGAUCAGAAUCUUUCUGAUGUGUGGACAGUUGAAUAUGCCUUUGAAUUAUUACUUAUUGGUGGCCUGAUUCCAGAGGCUGUGUGGUUGGCACAUAAACUUGGAGACUGGAAGACAUCUCUUUCCAUUGGUGUGGGCUUCCAACUGUUCUGUAAACAUGAUAGAAAUUUCAUAAGGUCCAACAAAAAGGGUCUAAAUUUACCAAUAAAUUUGACUCCAGCACAAAUUUUCCGGGAAAAACUGCAGUGUUUUUUAGGUCGGCCAGCCUCUUUUGAAGCAAAAAAUGAAAUGGGCUCAAAAUACAAACAGUUCACAGAUCCCAUUGAAGAAGAAGAUGUAAAUCUGCUAUUUGGUUCAGUGCAAGAAGUACUGAAAGCAGCAGUUAUGGCUGAUGCAGAUAUUCUGUCAGAGACAUUUCAGCUUCUGGUAAAUUCCGCCAAGGACUUCAGUAGGAGGCUGCGGGGCUUAGUGCCGGUUGGCUUGUAUCUUCCGGCUCCUCCAUUGUAUUGUCCUCAGCCAGCCAUUCGCAGUGAAGAAGAUGGUGAUGAUCUUCUUUUAAAAGCUGAGAAAGAGAACCGCCAAAAGGUGUCUGGAAUCCUUCAGCGGGUCCUCUUGCUUUUCCGGGCAGCUCGGUGUUCUUUUCCUGUGGCACAGUGGUACAUCUUGCAGUUGAGAUGGGCGAGAAAAGUCAUGCAGAAGAUUCGAAUGAAAGGGUCCCUUCCUUCAUUGAGUCCUUUCCCUCAGUCAUUACUUAAUUAUUGUAAAGGAGGUGUAGCAUUCUUUCGACGUGGAGCAGCUGGAGACCACAAGCUUGAUGAAGUUUCCAUUAAAGCAAUAGGUUGCUUCAGAGAACUUUGUGCUUUGUGUUGGAUGCUACAUAUUCGUGAUAAGUUAUCCUACAGUUGCAGGCAGUAUCAGAAAGCAAGAGAAAAUGUGGAGGGAAAAAAGGACCUCGAAGUGGAGUUUGAUUCUUGUAUGGUUGAGCACUGCCUCAGUGCCGUGGAGUGGGCGUACAGAAUGCUGCCCUUCUCUCGGUUUUCUGAUAUUGAAGAACUUAUUCAGGAUCUAAUUUUGAGCCUUAUUGGAGAACUGCCACCAAUCAGAAAGGUAGCAGAAAUUUUUGUGAAAGCGUUUCCCAAUCCUGAAGACAUAAGGGUUCCUUUAAGAGAAAAAUAUCACUCUCUUCAGCAGAGACUCAGACACUGUGUUGUGAAAGGUCCCCAAACUGAGGAAAUGAUGUCUGUUAUUAUGCAUUCUAUUCAUAAAGUGAGAGCGAAAGCCCUAAAACGUGUGCAGAGAAAUAUAGGUUCUUUUGAGAUGAAUAUCUGGGAACCAGUUGAAGAAGAAAAACCAGCUGAGGUUCCAGGUUUUGAUAGGUUUUCCCUAGGAACUAGUUUGAGCAGGAGCACACUCACCGAACUGGGGAAUUCUCUAGUCCACAGUGAAGCAGAUGAUACAGCAGACACCUUCUCGGAAGCAUUGUCAGUUGAAGAAAAAAGUAGGAUAUGUGUCUAUCAAAGAGAUGCACCAAAUCAUGUGGAAUUAACAUUGAUUGAUAAGUCCAAUGAAAAAAAGAAGAUACGUAAUCAGAAAGAUAAUCUUGAAAGAAAAGAUCAUGAAAAGUUAUUACAAAAUGCACUUCCUGUAAUAGGUGUUUGGGAAUUUGAACGUGAUGAUGAUGAAUAUAUUAAAUUUCUUGAUCUCUUCUUGAGUUAUGUUCUUGAAAGAGACCUCCUUGAUUCCAAGGAUCCUGGCAUUCCAUUUCUAACCAGUUUUUCUGGACAUCUUAGAGAACACGAACUUAAUUCUUUACUUUUUGAUGUACAUACAACAUUAAAACGACGUCAAGGCAAAACCAAAAGCCAGAAUGUGUUUAGAGCUGGCUCCUGCUUUGUUGCUUCUGAGUCAUAUGAGUCUGAAAAAUCAGAAAACCAAGCACUUUCAGCUUCAGUACUGGUUACUCAAGAAAUCUGGCCAUUUUUAGAGAACCCUUUGAAUGAAGUCGAUAAAAAGGAAGGGACAAGUGGAUUGUUCGGUUUAAAACAAAAGUCAGUUUAUAGAAUACAAGAUGACAGUUCAGAGAAACCUGUAAUCCAGAGAUUGUCAAACCAUAUUUUUUGGACUCCCAAGUCCACCAAAACUAGAAGAUGUAUUUUUAAAGCAAUUCAAUGCAAUGAUGUUAACCCUCAAGAAGAUCUUCCUCUAGCACUAAACAGCACAUUUAGCAGUAUAAGAAGGCUGCUGGAAUGGAUGAUAAGGUGGUCUAAUAAAAGACUGCUCUGUGAUCCUAGUCUCACUGAGUCAUCCUGUGAAUAUAGUCCCGUCAUUCGUGUAAAGACCUCUACAGCUGCCGUUCUUACAUCAUUGUGGCUUUUGGAACAACCAUAUUUUGCUACAUGUAAGGCAAAAAAUGCCAUUUUUAAGGUGCUAGAGAAUCAUUACUCUCAGACUCAGAGUGGACCAAACAUUGAAAGUGAUUGCAAAACAGAUGCUGGAUGUUCUUUCAUAGUAUCCACUCAAGGUGGGACUGAGGAAAAAAAUGAUCAAAAUGAAUCUCAUCAAAGUAUCUUGAAUAGAAUGCCAACUGAAGCAUACAGUCUUGAAAUAAAAGAAACCAAAGAUGAGAUUAUUUCUGUUACUGAUGAUACUGAAAAAGAAUUUAUAGAUAUUGAUGAGGAUCUUUUAGAAGUAGAAACAUUUAACCAAGAGGAAAUGGAAAUAUACCUAUCAGACUAUGAAGAAGGUACCAAAGAGCCUGUUGGAAGUCUUAAAAGUUCCACUGUUGCCAUUAACAUGCAGACUUUACCACAACAUUUAGAACAUUCCACAGGAGAGGUUCAGUGUUCAAGGGAAGAACCAUUGAAGACAUGUAUGGAGAAAAAAUCAAGUGAACAGGAAGGUAUGAUCGAAGCCUUUUCAAAUCCUGAACACACUGUUCCUUACUCAUUUUGUGUAGAUAGAAGUUCAGAAAUUUCUAGUGCACAGAUCUCUGCAUUUAAAGAUAAAUCUUCCUCAGUUCCACCUUUCGUAUCAAAUGGAGUCAGUGUUGCUUCACAAACACCUGGGCCAACACUUCAGCAGACCCAGAGAAAUGAACCCAGGGCUCAAUUGCCAGAUUCUUCAGAUUCUGUUAGGCAGAUGCUCCAAGAUGAAAUGUUUAAAUUAGUUCAGCUGCAACAGAUCAACUUCAUGAGCCUAAUGCAAAUAGUAGGAUCAUCCUUUACUAACCUCCCAGAUAUACAUCAACUUCUACAGCAGCCUCAGCCUGUGCCUUUGGUGGGAAGUCGAGUAUCAAACCCCACAAGAGGGAGUAGUGAUGUUGAUGACACCAGUAGAAAUUUCAAGGACAGAUCUUUUAUUAAACCACAGUCCAUGGGCGAGUACACCACAGAGCCUGGCAAGAAGAGUCCACACGACCAUAAAGGAAUUGUGCAGUCUGAUCAGAAUAGUAAUGGAAACUUACAGAAUGUACCACAUGGGAGUGUUCCUUUAUGUCAGUUAGAAGGCCUGCCUCCCAACACAGGAUUGACUCCAGCAUCUCCAAGCUUCCCAGCCACUGCACUGUCUCCAGCUCCUGCUGGAAACACUCCCUUUCACCUUCUGUCUCCAUCUUCUGCCGUCCCGAAGACACCUAGACUCAUCCCAGCUGCAAAAACUUUCAGACCUGGGGAUGGUUUUCCUUUGCUUCAGUUUCAGGCUAAGCAUGAAUUUAAGUCCCUUUCCUUCCAUACAGGAAGAGUUCCGCAAGUUCCCUUCAGGCUCCUACCGCAGCCAAGAGAGGCAUGGGGAUUAUCGGAUUCCUUCCAGCCUCCUUUGCCACAGAGAACAGUGCACACCACUUCAGUGUCCCAUUUGAGUUUGAGCCACUAUAAUACUGAAGCCAUAAAAAAAGCAGUUGAGCAGAAGAAAUGGCCAUUAACUGUAAUUACAGAAAUACCUAAGCAUGUGAACUUGGAUCAGUAUGUUGGUCAAGAAAACUUUACACCUCAACAGGACUCUUCAGUAUUUAUAAAACCAGGGAAAAUACUUGAUGUUAAGCCAGGAUCCCUUGAGAUAUCUCCUCAGAAUUCCUUUGGACUUCCAUUAUUGCACCUGCAACUUAAACCUCCUUAUAUAUUUUCCUCUGCCUCAAGAGCGUCAGUAACAAUUCCUUCAAUACCUACCAGAACUGUAGCAGAAGAAAGAAAAUACCCAAGACUGUCAUUACUUCAUUCAUGCCUAUCCCCAGAAAACACGUACCAAAACCCACAACUUAUUCCACUUGAAAACCUCAUUGCAUUCAAACAAAGCCAAGAGAAACUAACACAUAAUUUAUUUGAACGAGGCGAUUCUGGACACCUUCAGCUUCUAAAUGUCAAAAUAGAACCAUCUGAAGUGAGACAAGGAAAGGACAGUAAAAAAAGACAAAGACGACGAGCUGAGAAAGAGCUGCAAGAAAAAAAAUCAGAGAAACUAAAGAGAAAACCAAGUGUGGCUUUCCAACCAGAGGGUUCCCUUGUGAAUGAUAAUGAUUCAGAAAUGGUUAUGAAACCCAAGGAGCAACAAGAACAUCUUGGUUCCCAGCCUUUGGAUGACUUCGAUAUUCCUUUUGAAAUGCUACAAGAUGAUAUUAAUACUUCAGCUGGAUUGCACUUCAUGGCCUCUGUGAGAAAGAAAGCUGUAGAACGUCAGGAUGCAAGUACAAAUACAGACCCAGAUAAAAAAGCUACUUCUCAGGAAGUUGUUUCUGAAUGUUGUAAAAAUCAACAAAUCAUUUCUUCCAUAUCAGAACAUGAACCUUUGAAUGUUCCUCAAAUUUUGGCUCCUGAUGUAUGUCUAAAUCUCAAACUUCCCACUGAAAUAUCAGAGAAACCUUUGUCACCUUCACCAUCUGAUCUGGUUGGACACACUUACAUAAAUGUGAUUGACAUUAAAGCUGAUGAUCUACAGGAAUUGCCUGUCAAAGAAGAGCUUUCAAAUGAUACUAUUAUCAAACAGCCAAGUGAUCAUCUGGAGGCCCCAUCUUCUGCAGAGUUACAUUAUAUGGCAGCUUCAGUUACAAAUGCUGUUCCCCUGCACAGUUUUAAGAGUGAAGAGUCUGCCAAUUCCACUAUGGAUUUAUUUUUUAAACCUGCGAAAGUGUCUCCAUCCUGUCUGGCUGGAAGAAGCUGGAGAGCAGGCAGUACAGAUGUGAAGGAGCCUGGGAUCGCUUCCCCUAUACCAUCAGAAAUACGGCAGGAUGAAGAUAUGCUGAAGCCAGAUUUUCAAUUCAAAGAACAGAGCUCAAAGUCAGCUGCUGCAGAGGAUGAUUCGCUGUGGAAGCAACUGCAGGAUGUGUCUGCCACUCGUCCUGCGCAGAGCUCUGCAGCUCGCCGGCUCGAGCAUCUCACCUCUAAGCUUCAGGAAAUUGAUGCACAGCUGUUAGCAAUACAGAACAUUGCUGAAAACAUAGAGCAGGAUUGCCCCAGAUACAAAAUGCUAGAUCGACAUUGUGAUAAGGUUGAACCUGAAGAUCACAUUGAAUUGUCUUCUGGUCCUGAAUCUGAAAAACCAUUGGCUUCAAAAGCCAUUGGCAUUUCCGAAGUAUGUUUCCUGACUCAUAUGAAUAAGGAGGCUCAAAGUGACCAAGAGGAGACUUCAGAAGCUGAAUUUUCAGUAACAGAAACUCAUUCUAGUCAAAAAACCCAUGUGUUUCCUUCUGCUGAUUCGGCUCUCAGCCUUUUCAGUGACCAGAAUACAACUUCUCCUGGUGUGAAUAACAGUGAUGAGUUAUUUGAGAGCAUUUCAGUAGAUCCACUCCAGAUGACUGGAUUAACUGAUAUUGCAGACAUUAUUGAGGACCUUAUAACAAAAGAUGGUGUUUCCAGUGAGGAGCUUGGUUUAACAGAACAACAAGCUAAGAAUAUCUCCAGAAUUCAGCAUUCUUCUGGUAGACGAACACAGAGAACUGAGAAGGAAAGAAGAGAAAUUCAGGUGUGGAUGAAAAGAAAACGCAAGGAAAGAAUGGCAGAGUACUUAAACCAGCUGGCGGAGAAGAGGGGGCAAGAACAUGACCCUUUCUGCCCGAGGAGCAAUCCAUUUUACAUGACUUCACGGGAAAUCAGGCUGAGACAGAAGAUGAAGAACGAGAAGGACAGAUUGCUACUGUCUGACCACUAUAGUCGGCGGCUCUCACAAGCAUAUAGCCUGAUGAAUGAACUGCUAUCCGAAUCGGUACAGCCACCAACAACCGCCCAGAAAGCCUUGCCUAACAAACCCAGGGCUGCUCACGCUUCCCGAGGGCAACACUCUCUUUCUCCAAGACGAGAGAAUCAGUAUGGUCACAAUAUUCCAAUAAAUCAGCCUGGAAAAUUCAAAUAUAUAUCCAGACCAAGUUACAUCCGAAAGGGGAAACCUCAAGGCCCUCCUUGGUCACGUGGAACUGCUACUUCUGCCAUACAGAAUAAAGGUGCUGGAGCCAAAGCGGCAGUAAAAGCGGCUGUCCCAUCUCCAGUUACCUUCCAAAAAGAUUGGCUAUCCCGAACAAAUCCUAGAGAAAUGUACUCCGAUCUGAAGAGAAGAAAAUUACAAGGCCAUCACUGCAGGAAGCAAGGUUCUGGUGCUCCAUGUCGUCUGCAGUGUACAAAAAAUCACAUUAGUGCUGAGCUUUCACCUCGAUCAAAGCAGAUGUGUAUAGAGUAUGAGAGAGAGGAGACCAUGGUGAGUCCCUGGAUGGUACCUUCACACAUCCGAACAAUUCUUCACGAGAGUCAUAGUUCCCUUUUACAAGACUUGUCAGCAGCUGAAGAAGAGCUAGAGCCUCCUUUCCGUGGCACGGACGGCAUGUCUGAGAGCACCGGCAGCAUCCUCAGCAAGCUUGACUGGAAUGCUGUUGAAGACAUGGUGGCCAGCGUGGAGGACAAGAGUCUGUCUGUCCACUGGGCCUUGGACCUGUAAGACCCGAGAAUCAUUCUGUUGCCAAAGGCCGGCGCUUCAGUGACAGUAGUUCUGAAAGAUUGGUGUGUUUGAAAGAGAGAAGCAGUGAAGGAAGCAAUGUGAAUAUACACCUGCAGCCAUAUUAUUACCCAGCUUAGCCAUUUCAAGAGGGAAAAUAAACACUUCUCAAUAAUAUUGACUUCAUGGGUAAAGGGUUGUUUAACUAUAGAUCUGUUAUAUGCUUUGGCAUUUGAUCUGUCUUUAGACACAAUUUUUUAAAUGAUGAAAAAAUGAAAAGUACCUUUCAAGUCAAGUUUACAUAAUAUUUAAGUUACUUUCAAUAAAAAUCUUCUGUUUCGUCUCCUUCUUUACUACCCCCUGAGUUUUGAGAAACAACCUUAUAUGGAUAAACCUGAUGGAAAAAUUGAGAAGAAAGUCACAGUCUCACCCUGAGAUUCGAUAAUGACCUCCAUUUUAGAACACAGCCUAAAAUUCACCUGGGCCAGCCUGGCCCCUGAGUGAAAAGAAACCAACCAACUUCCACCUGUCCUGUGCCCUGCAGCCUGCGAAGCCUUGAAGAACAAACCAGGGAAGAACGCUUUGAAUGGGAAAUAAAUAGGACUCCUGACUCCAGAAGGCUCAUGUUAACUUUGUAAAGACCAUGGUGCCGAAACCUGGGUAGUUUCUAGUGUUGCCCCCAAAUAAUGUCAUCAUUUUGGAGAUAAUUUUAAUGAGAAGAAACUAAAAACCUUCACUCAUUUGUCAAUUUUUAGUGUAGUAUCAAUACUAUUGUCUGAAAAAGCUAUUAAAUAUGCCUCCUUUUCCAACUACAUACCUGUGUGGGGCCAGAUUGUUUUCAUGUCCUUCAGCCAGAACAACAUCCUGCAACAGGCUGAGCGCAGAAGCACUAUGAGAAUUCCGCCAUUCAGGAGAUUUGUAAGACUAUAGAACAGUGCCACUUCUAAGUUUUGUUUUGGAAAAGUUACUUUUGUAAAUAUGUGUUAUAAACAUUGAAUGGGAGGUGCCUGGGUGGCUCAGUUGGUUAAGUGUUCCAACUCUUGAUUUUGACUCAGGUCAUGAUCUUAGGGUCGUGAGAUCGAGCCCCAUGUUGGACUCCCCAGCUGGGCAUGGAGU